AUGGUCCUUCCACGUCUAUGGCGAUGUCUGAAACGAACAUUCCAGUUCGCCUUUGGCGGUACAUCAAUGGAUGAUGAUGAACAUAAUGCAAACAAUUGCGUAGCAACACAGUUCCCUUGGGAAGACAGUCUAGGCGCUUCCGAUAUCCCACCGUCCAAAAGAGUGUGUCUGAGUUUAACCGCAGAGAAUGAAACAAAUAACUUGUCCGACACAAAUUUUGCCUCCCUCCUACCCCUCAAGCAACUACUCACUUGCAACGUCUGCUUUGAAUUCGCUAAACAGGCAAACCAAUGUGCCAAUGGUCAUCUUAUCUGCCUUUCAUGCUCAACGAGGCUGGAGCAAGUAUCAUUUUCAACAAAAGACUGCAAAACCUCAUGCACCUGUCCGAUUUGCCGUGUUUCCCUGCGAAAUUUCAGCGAUGGCAGAGGAAUGCAGCGUUGUCUACUGGCAGAAAAGCUGGCUGCAGAGCUGCCUGUUAAGUGUCGGUACUGUAAGAUCCUGCUUCCCCGAAAACUUAUUGACGUUCAUCAGCGAUGCCAAUGCAGUCUUAGGCUAAUUAGUUGCCGAAAUGCCUGGCUGGGCUGUGAUUGGAGAGGAUUUUCUCGAGAAAUGGACGACCAUGUGGGACACUGUCGGAUCCUUGAACAAACAUCAUCAGACCUGGUCAAAGAGAUGUAUCGUAGAAUGCAGGACAUCUUCUCAGGAGCUGCUGUGCGUCUUCAUCCUUGGCGAGGUCUUUUGCAGAUUCUAGAGGAUCGACAACAACUGCGAUUCGGAAGGCGUUUUCAUGGUGGUUUUCGUGUGGUCCUCCUUCCCAUUAGUUUGGAUCGAGUGCAUGGGGAGGGGAAUGGCGUAUUGUUUAGUAGUCCCCCCGUUUGUAUGCCUUUGGUGCGAAAACAAUCGCUUUGGGUACAGAUGAGCAUUGAAAUCCUUCGGAACGGACCCACCCCUACCCCUUCAAAUGCUCCCUCCGAAGUUUCAUACAAAAUUGAGAUCAAGAAGUCAAAAGCCCACACCUACCUUCUCAGAUCAAAUACCGAAGAGAGCCUCGCAGCCCAUCCAGUUUACUUCUCUCUCAUCAGCCUCAAGUGUGAGUCCUUACACGGAUGUGAGGAGGGCGUUGACCUCAUUGAUCCCUGGCAUCGCUACAUAGACGAACCAUCCAACACUUUGAGUGAAUCAAGCGAGGCUGUUACAGACGCAAUAGAAAUCAAUGUUACUGAUAAUACUGCCACAUCUGCUGUUACCACCACCUUGAAUGCUAGCCGAAAUAAAUAUCGAAUAAUAACCUUACCAGACAGCAAAUUCAAUCAUCUUUGGGUAGGAAGAGUCAGCAGUAGCGAAUGUCUGGAAUGGAUUGCACCUGAAUUUCUGUCAACCAGAGACAGUGUCCAGGCCGCCCUCAUCUUUGCUCUAGACCCAAUACUCUUUGACAGGAAGGGCGAGAAAUCAGUCAGAACAGCGACAAGGAGACGAAGGCGUAGGCGUCGAAGAGAGAGUCAGAGAGAGCAAGGCGAGAGUAGCACCGAGACGACUACCUCUUCUACAGACGAGGACGAAGAGGAGGACAUCGAGGUAGAAGAAGAGGAAGGCGAGAAUAAUGAUGAUGAGACCAUUUAUAUUCUUGCUGAGAGUGUGCGUGCGAGCCGGGAAAAUGCUACGGUGGAAGGCGAGUCCAACGCCUCUGCAGAGCCAGCGGUUUCGUCAGAAACUGAGAGUUAG